AUGUGUUGUGACACUGUGCUGCAUAGGUCGGGGGUCAGGCUGCUUCCUGUCGUCCAGUUGAGCUCGGAGGGCGUGGCCUCUUCAUCAGGACACCUGAGUGACUCGUUCAGCAGCGGACCAGCUCCAACUCGUCGUCUGCGAUUCGAGGAUGAAACAGAGACGGACGCAGAGUCUCGUUACCUGGAACGUCAGCGGCAGAGAAGAAGGGCCGGGCAGCGAGGGACAGCUGUCCUCGUCUGUAAGCCAGACCUGAACCUGUGCGUCAACGGCAGGGCGGGACCUGUUGUUGACAGAGGAGGUGGAGUUAGUCUGAACCUCCAUCUACCUGUACCUAAAGACCGGGGGCGAAGUCUGCACAGGCCCCACCUUCACCUGCUGACUGAGCCAAUCAGAGAGACGUACAUUGGCUCUGUUACACCUGGGGAGACCAGGGGGGAAGGAGGCGUGACUAACCACCAGGUGAAGAGAAGGACCAAUCAGUUGGAGCUUAAUGGAAACCUGGAGACAAUCUUUAAGGCCACACCCACCACACACCUGCCAAUAAACCCCUACGCCCCCGACCAGCUGACCAGGCCCACCUCCUCCUCGGCCCCUCCUGCUGUGACAUCAGCGAGGAUGGGGACAGCUGCCGCUGAGGCCCACAGAGAGCUCCGAUCCUGGGCAGAGCUGAAGGAGAGGAUCCCUUCUGUGGAGGAGGGAGGUCUCGAUGUUAGGAUAAAGAGAUUGACAGCUGAGAGCCCAGCCCCGCCCACCAAAGGCAGACAGCCAAUGAGAACAGAGGUUUACAGUGACGACUGUGCACUUCGUGAACGCCUCAUCAGCAGAGACGAACCCUCUCGUCUUUCUUUGCGCCGUCUGUUCUCCAGUGUCAGACUGAGCAGGACUCGAACCGGCAGCCUGGACCGCCUCAGCUCACGACCCCGCCCCUCCGCAUCUGACCCCCCCGCCCCCUUAGGAACCAGGAAGUCUUCCGGCCUGCUGAAGAAAACAGCGUCUGUUCAGUCCCUCAUUGUGGGGUCGCCCUUCUUGCAGUUAAGGAAGUCGUCAUCAGUUCAGAGUUUUGUUUCGGAGCACAAGAAGAAGAAGGAUCGUUCUGCUGACUACAGACCAGCUGCUGAGCAGUUUGCUCAGAGGUGUCUCAGUCUUGAGGACGUCGGUUGUCCCUCUUCGGUCCGCUCUGUCGGUCGAGUUUUUCAUGUUUUUCCUGACGGAACGUUUCUGUUGGAGGUGAACCGACCAGAGAGCCGAAUGUUCGGAUUCACCGUCAGCAGAGGGAGAGAACGGCCGGACUCUGGUGUGUAUGUGGAGGACAUGGUGGACAUCAGCACGGAGAAGUUGUACGCCGGCCUGCUAGCGGUUGGUGAUGAGAUCCUGGAAGUGAACGGGGAGAAGGUGGCCUGUCUCAGUUUGGACCAGGUGACCCAACUGCUGACUCAGAACACGUCCACCACUGUCCGGGUGCUCAAAUACCGCCGGUCGCCUCCACGGUGACCGCAACUACUGACUGAGCGUAACUUCAUAAACAAACCACCACCUGAUCAUCUGGUCCAAACUAAAUUUAGCGGUAUAUUUGGAAUAUUGCAAGUGGAGCUGUAUGAAGUACUUAUACAUAAUCAGUGUAUUACCUACAGUAGACGACUGUGAGAAUGUCCCCGAUAGGAGAAACAAACAGGAGCACUGAAGCUAAGUAAUGUACUGCUGCAAAAUAUAUGUUUUACAUAAAGAGAGUAGAUAACCAGAGAAGAAGAAACCCUGGUGAAUAAAGACAGCUGACUACCACAGAAGAAGAAACACUUGUGGAUAAAGACAGCUGAUAACCACAGAAGAAGAGUUUCUCUCUAUGCGAGAGACAUAUAAGCAAAGACAGAGAGAGCCUGGUGAAUAAAGACAGCUGACAACCACAGAAGAAGAAGGUUACACCUUUCAGUUCUGCAGGUAGAUCAAUUCAGAAAUAUAAAUCAGCUGUUAAUCUGAUAUGUAUUACAGAUUAUCAUGAAGUCCUUUAAAUCUUUUCUAAAAUGUUCUUCAAAUUUCAGGACUUUGUUUAUUUAAAUAAGAUUGUGCUGGGUCAGUUCUCAUGGAGGACACAUCAGCCGACUUUAAUCUUUGUGCCUCACUUUAAAAAAGUCGGUCUAAUGACAAUGCACAAUUUUAACCCUUUAAAUGUUUGUUCACAUAACGCCACUGAAAAAUGUAAUUAUUUUCUGUAACUAAAUGCACUCCAUAGAGUGAGAAUGUUUGUCUCCAACAUUUUGCUGCAUUUGUAUUGUUUGUGCAGGAAACCAUGGAAACAGCACGUAUUUGUCCCAAACAUGAGAAAAUGUUUCAAUCUGAUGAAAAUAGUAAAAAGUGAAGCUGAGAUCAUAGAAAGAUUUUAUCACACUCUGCUUUAAUGUGUUUAAUGACUUUUACUUUAUCAAACACUACACACUGAUUAUAGCAGCUGACGGACACUUACUAAAUGAUAACAUAUGUAUUACCGACAACAAUUAUUAAGGCAUUCGGACUAAUUUAAAAUGAUUUUAGUUUCUCUACAGACCCGCUGUCAAUAUAAAAUGGUAUAAACGGAUGUAAUUUAACACAGUAACAUUUUGUACUAAGCCAUCUCAUAUAAACAUUUACAGUUUUAACCCUCUGCAGUAUUUCUGUAAUGUUCAUGUAUUUUUUGUUUGUUUAUAUUUUCUGACAAAUUAAAGCGCCCUGAGAUUG